CCAUGCAUGAAACAAACGUUGUUCGUUCCUUGUCGCCCUUGUUUUUCUUGCUUUACUUUUACUGCUUCAUAUUCUUUUCCUCUGCUCUCUCUUUCCCGCAUAUGCUAUGGAUUACAAUGCCAAACUCUCUCUCUCUCUCUCUCUCUCUCUCUCUCUGUAUAUAUACAUAUAUAUUCGUUUCAGCUUCUCUCCAAUCUUCAUUUCGUAGAGCAUUAUAUUAUAUACACAGUUGUUGAUAGUGCAUUGAAGGUGUUCGAGAAAUGGCGGCAGAGGCAUCGAGGUCUCUGGUGUAUACUCCGACGUGGAUAGUCGCGGGUGUUUGCACUGCCAUUGUCCUCAUCUCUCUCCUUGCCGAGCGCGCUCUUCACCGCCUUGGAAAGUACUUGAAGCAUAAGGAACAAGAUGCAUUAUUUGAGGCCUUGCAAAAAAUAAAAGAAGAAUUGAUGCUUUUGGGAUUUAUUUCCCUUCUUUUAACGGUCUCCCAAGGUCCAAUAAGCCGCAUAUGCAUCCCUGCUCAUCUUGCAUCUUACAUGCUUCCAUGCAAGUUGGAAACUGCUGCCUCAAGUAGCUCUGGGAAUAACCAUGAACAAUAUUUUCAGCAAACUAUGACAAAUGGACGGCGGCUUUUGUUCACAGAGACUGGUUACAGCCAAUGUACCCGCAAGGGAAAGGUUCCUCUGUUAUCGUUAGAAGCAUUACACCAGCUGCACAUUUUCAUCUUCGUAUUGGCAGUUGUUCAUGUCAUCUUUUGUGCGACUACCAUGAUUCUUGGAGGUGCAAAGAUACGUCAGUGGAAGCGCUGGGAGGAUUCAAUUAGGAGUGAAAUAUCCAUGCCACGCUCUGUUCACAGUCAUGCACGCCAUCAUCAAAUUUUCAAGCAUCGUGCGGAUGGAUAUUGGAGAAGGUCAGUUGUCAUAAGUGGGAUGCUGUCAUGCUUCAAACAGUUUUAUGGCUCAGUCACGAAGUCAGACUACGUUGCACUGCGAUUAGGAUUUAUACGGACUCAUUGUCCUUCGCACCAAACUUUUGAUUUUCACAAGUACAUGUUGCGAACACUACAAGUUGAUUUUAAAAGAAUAGUUGGCAUAAGCUGGUACUUGUGGCUUUUUGUCGUGAUCUUUUUGCUAAUUAAUAUUCAAGGAUGGCAUUCAUAUUUUUGGUUAUCCUUUCUACCCUUAAUUCUUCUGCUUCUUGUGGGUACUAAGCUGGAAUACAUAAUUUCCCGCUUAGCUGAAGAUUCUGUAGAGAAAAGGGCAGAUGGCCUAGAAGCACAAUUAGUGAAGCCUUCUGAUGAACAUUUUUGGUUUGGGAACCCCCAUCUUGUUCUGUAUUUGAUUCACUUCAUUUUGUUUCAGAAUUCAUUUGAAAUUGCUUUCUUCUUUUGGAUAUUGAGCACAUAUGGAUUUCAUUCAUGCGUCAUGGAGAAAGUGGGCUUCAUCAUCCCAAGACUUAUCAUUGGGGUGAUGGUUCAAGUGCUUUGCAGUUACAGCACCUUACCUUUGUAUGCUCUUGUCACUCAGAUGGGCAGCAUGUUUAAAAGAGGCAUGUUUGAAGACCAUAUGGAAGACAUUCUUAAAAACUGGUCUCGCAGAAUGGUCAAAGAAUCAAUUGAAGAUGACUACAUUUCUGAAGAAAUAAGAGCUGUUGAUGAAGGAAUUACGACAUCAAUAAUUGAGCUUUCUCACCCUACCCGAACUCAAAUAUCAUCUCCUUGAGUUUGCUUAACUCAUCAAAGACUAGUCAUCAGUCUAACCAACUGAAUUUUCUUUAUCAAUUGUCAAUGACAAUCAUGUAUACAAAGUAAGUUCCAGAUUACUUCAAGACAACACUGGCAUAAGUAGAGCACGUUUUCCAAUCCUGAACAUGAAUUACUUUUCAAGUUCUGAUUUAUUUUUUUAAAAUUGUUCUUUUCUUUUUCUUCUUUUCCUCGAAAUAUUUAGAGACUUCAGCAAAUGGUGAGAUGUGAUGAAAGUAAACUGUCCCAAGCCCCCCGACUCAUCCAGCAUAAUCAAAUAAAUUGUAAGGAA